CUACAAGCUCAUAUGUGGAGCACACGAAAAAUGAGCGUAAAAGCGAGGGUGAGUGUGCCCCACUGCGAGAGCGUAGAGUGUUUGUGCUCGUGUGAGCGCGAGUGUGGGAGCCGCCGCCGCCACCAAAGCGAACUCGGGCCAGUUGGAGUGGUGCGACCAAAGUCUUUUAUCAAUCGGUCAAGAACGUUUGUCGAAGUUGAACGCGUUAAAACGCGGUCGCGCGUAAAUUCACCAAAUUACAAAAGAAAAGCUUAUACUGUAUACACCCAUACGCAAGUGUGUGUAUAUGUGUGAUACAUAAAUAAAACUAAUUGUUUAACAAUAAAGUGUGUGCGAAAACAACAAAAACUUAGAAAUUCAAUUGCAAAAGAGAUAUACAUAUAUAUACAUAUACGAGUAUGUGAAUUCCGAAGGAAUUUCGAUUGAUUUCGUUCGAUUUUGUGCAGAAGAAAAAAGUCGAUCUUAAUUAAAAUUACAUAUGAAUACAAAAAGAACAAGUCAGCAAGUGCAGAAGUGAUGAAGUGCAAAAACAACGAUAACAACUACUUACAUACAUACAAACAUGUAUAUGCAUAAAUAAAUAUUGCUUGUGUAUGUAUACAAAAAACAGCUGUGAGUGAGUUUUGUUAUUAAUUUUGACGUUUGCGUUUGUGUUUGUGUGUGACUGUGUAUGAUUAAAAAGUUUUUAGAAAAAUAAUCGCAAAAUAAUUGAAACAAAGAAAAUUGAAACGUGUAUAGUAGGCAAUAUAAAAUAAUGUGCAGUGAACAUUGUAUAACAGCAGUGCCAACAACAACAAAUAUCAAAGUAAUUUUAACAGAUUAAAAAAAAAAAAACAAAAAACAAAUAAUAUUAAGUGAAAUAUGCACGGAUUACAAGUGCAAACACAACGUGAGGCAUAAUCAGAAUAAAUAUCUGUGCUCAUAGACAUAAGUGGCAAACUAGCAAAUGAACAGCAAAGAUUAACGAAAUUUUCAAGCAAAAGAGAAGUGGUAACAACUAAACGCUGCUUGACACACUUUCGAUGGCGUUUGAUAGACAAAACGCACAAAUUAUAUCAAAUUUACUUAUCGCUUUUUGGUGUUUAAUAGCAGGUUUUAACAGAAAAUUAAAAAAAAAAGAAACUUUAAAAUCAAAUAAAAAGUGUCUAAAAAUAGCUGAUACUAAGGAAGCUAAAGAAAAAAUAGAAAAACAAAAAGUUCCAAACAACAGUGUUCGGUUGAGCACAUCAUUUCAUAUGAAGAAGUACAUAAGUAGAGGUGAAAGAGUGUAGAGAAAAACAAGGAAGUGUUUGACAAACAGUCGAAACUAUAAACGGCGCAUAAAAUAAUAAUAAAAACUACAACAAUAACACAUAAAAUUCAACGAAAAACCGGCAGCAGUGAACCGGCUUGAGCUCAUCACACUCACCAACACAGCAAGCGACCUUUCUACCCAUCUCCCUUAUUAUCUAAUUCUUUAGCCGGCAUCAAAGCAGCGUAGAAUAGCAAACGAUAAGUGAUUUUGUGUGUUUCCCGCGAACUUUGCACGCAUUUUAGCGUGACUCCAUUUGAAAGGUCCAGAAAAUUCAGUUCGACCGUGUUAUUCGAGCACAAAAUUUGCAGCAGGGACAGCGAGGCAAGAAGUGGUGUGCGAAGGCCAGCAGGCCUAACAGCCUAACCAGCGCGGUUUUUUAUUCUUAUUGCACGGCGUUUGUGGGAAAAGCUCAAUCUCUACUAGGAGCCGUUUAUUAGCCGCCACAGGCCGCGGCGUCGGCGCCAACGCCAUUAAUUAACGCCCAACCACAGCCGACAACAAAGGCUUUUCACACAUACCGUCUAAGAGCCGAGUGACAGCGUGUGUCGCUUCAAAUCGACGCACCAGCAACAAUACUACAAUACUACAACAACAGUAGCAACAGCAGCAGCAGCAGCGUUCUAGUGACCGCAAUCUAUGCACCGGCUGCCGCAAAAGUGUCAGCACUUGUCGUAAAAUGACCGAGAAUCAAUUAUUUUCCAUGUCGACCGAUCUAUUCGACACCUCGUCCAACAGCAGCAAUCCACUAAAGUGUGAUAUCUUCUCGUUGGCUCUGAGCAACAGCAACACUUCCACUCUACUCUUCGGCACAUCGACGCUGCCCGCACUUAGCCCAUUGCAGCAGCUGAAUGUGAAUACCGUUUUCAAUACAAAUUCCAACUCCAGUCCCAAUUCCAAUUACCUUACGAAUUCAAAUUCGAACGCCAACACACCAAACGACCAACAACACCAACAGCAGCAGCAACAGUCGCAACACACAUUCACCAGUGUCGGCGGCAACAGCGUUGGUAGUAGUGUUGGUGGCGGCAGCAUCAGCGGUAGCAGUAAUGUGAUGCUGACCAAUGCCAUAAGCAUACCGCGCAGUAAUAAUCCAAAUCAGAGUCAUAAUCCCUGGACGCAAGAACGCGAUUCGCAUCAUCAUCCCAGCCCAAGUCCAUUGCAGCUUCAUCCCCAUCAUCUCAAUAGCCAUAAUCACAACCAAAUCUCUUCCAUGAUGUCUGCACAACAACAACAAAAUAACCAACAGCAACAGCACCAACAACAACACCAGCUGCAACAACAAUCGUUGCAGCACUCACAGCCACGUCUCUUUGUCGAUUUCUCCGACUACGGUUUGGAUGUCGCCUCGCUGGACGCUGCCUCGUUGUCGCCAACACUGCUGCAAGAUGUCAGCUUGGGCGCUGCUUCGCCACUGCACGGCAUCACGUCGAACGGCUUCUAUGCGGCCGACGCCUCGCCGGUCAGCAACAGCGGCAGCAAUAGCAUAGUUGGCAGCGUUGGUACCGUGGACUCGGCCAGCACGCUGCUGGGUCUAAAUGAUAGCAUACGCUCCGGUGAUGAUGGCAACAAUUCGCUGCUGUUCGAUGUCACCGGCACGCCCAACUCGAGCGCAAUGUGGAGUGACAUCAGCAAUGCUAUCAUCACCAAACAUGAACCAUUUACACUGGAGGAGGACUAUAUUUUUCCCAUAGAUAAGGCUGAGAUACAGGCUGCCGGUUUCGGUGAUAUACCCGAUGAACACUUCCUCGAUGUGAUUGAUAAUUUUGAUGAGCUCUUGAACAGCGGUGCUGGACAGAAUGACUUCAUUCUAUCGCCUCAACAGAAUAAUAGCUCAAAUAAUUUGCAACAGUUGAAUAGUCCACAGGCCUCGCCUAGUGGUGCACCACCAAUGGAGUUGUUGCAGAUGCAUAAGCAACAACAACAGCAACAACAAUUGACACAACUGCAAACAGCUCAGCAACAGCAACAUCAACAGCAGCAGUCGCAGCAGCAACAACAACAACCACGUAUACAGCACAGCAACAGCGCUGGUGGUGCCAUACACACACACCAUAAUAACCACCACAACUCGUCUAGUCCAUACGAAAUCUACCAUAGCACACCAAAUAAGCAGCAGCAACAUCAGUUGAGCAGUUCGGGCUCGAACUCAUUCUCUCCGGGCAGUCAGGCCUCGCAUUCACCACUUCAGUUGAAUUCCAUUACGCCACCACCACCGCCGCAUGGCAAUCGCUCACAAAGCUUGCAGGUGAAGUCGCGCAACAUGUUGGAAUUGCAGAAGAAGGGUUUCUCCAUGUCGCCCGAUCGUGUCAAUGGCAGCAGUGCCGGUUUGUUGGGUCAGUCGGUGCCGGGAAAUAGUCACUUGCUGCUCUCCGGUAAUGCGCUCAGCCCCAGUAGCGGUGGCAGUAGUAGCGGUUUCGGCAGCACCACUGGCGGUGGCAGCAGCACUGGUGGUUCGGUGCGCAAAUCGUUCCAAUAUCCCAGUGAUACAUCCAUAUCGCGCUUGUCCUCAUCGGCGCCCACACAUCUCGGACUCGAACAUAUUUGGAUGCGACGUGAACCGCGACAGCAUUUGCUGUCUACUGGCUCGCUGGCCGAGGCUGAAUCGUUCUCGUCGCUUAGCACCGGCAGCGUGUUGUCGCCGGAUGGUAUUGAUUUCUCGCAGGACGAUGAUGACGAUGCGUCGACAGACUACAAUAGCGAUAAUUAUGAUGACCUAUCCAGCGAUGGUUCUGAUAAUGAGGACGACUCGCGCACCACCAUUUCCGGCCACAUGUCAGGCGGUAAAGGCAAAGAGCGCUACUUUUGGCAGUACAAUGUACAAGCUAAGGGGCCCAAGGGCAAACGGCUUGUAUUCCAGUCACGUCUGGAGGAUCCGCACGUCUUGAACGAGGCCACCGAUCCGGUGUUCAGCCCUAAUUGUUCCGUGCGUGGUAUCAAGGUAUUCAAACACAGCGGCAAGGCGCGCAAGGGUGAUGGCAAUGAUCUUACACCGAAUCCUCGCAAAUUGCACGUCAUCGGCAAGGAGCUGGACAAAUUGGGUCGUACCAUCAACGACAUGACGCCCGUGUCCGAGUUGCCCUUCAAUGUGCGUCCGAAGUCGCGCAAAGAGAAAAAUAAGUUGGCCUCACGCGCUUGCCGGCUCAAAAAGAAGGCUCAGCACGAGGCGAAUAAAAUCAAACUUUUUGGACUGGAAAUUGAACACAAACGUUUAAUUAAUGGCAUUUUCGAACUGAAGCAAGCUUUAGCGCUCAAAUAUCAAAAUCAAAAUAAUGUCGAGCACACCGAGGUGAUUAAUCAACGCAUCGAACAGAUCUACAAAACAGCACAAACUGGUCUGCGUAUAGCUGGCGAUACCACAGACUUCGUGAACAAAGUGCUGGAGAAUGUGAAGAGUGGCGUACCAAAUGGCGGUCUCGAGGAUUUAAAGCACUCAUAGAAGCGUGAGAAACGAGAAGGGAAAAAUCGAAGAUGUGAAUAGCUAUUAAGGAUAAAUAUUGGAGGCUCAAAAGUGAAAAUGAAAAGCGAUAUGAAGAGUGAGGAGAGUAAAAACGAAAGCAAACAUAUUGUAAUGACAACUGUAGCUGAGGAGUAAACGAGUUAAAAGUUGCACACAAACAACGGUGAAAGGGGUGUGAAUGCUAACUGGCGAAAGAAGGGAAGAAUUUACGGGAGUUACGGAAAAAUUGUGUUACAAAGAAGAUUAUCAGCUGCAAGAAGGCGCAGAAAGCAUGUUUUUAUGUAAAAAAAAAGUUGUUAAAUGGAAACGAAAGAGGCCACAGUUAUAUAAAUACAUAUAUAUUUACAUAUAUAUAUAACCUAGCUUUUAAGUGCUAAUGUUAUGCGGUGAAAAGUUAUGGUUAAGGAGUGGAUGUAAAACAAUAUAAGCGGUUGUUGUUGCUGUCUGGAGCGUUAUGGAAUUAAAUAUGAGCCACGCAUGCAAACAUACUUAUAUACAUAUAUAUAACUGGAAGCAUAUACAUAUAUAAAUGUUCUUGUUGGCUUACAAACUAACGACAUGCCAAGGCUUUGAGGAUUUUUUAAGUUUUGCUUUCACGUGCAAAUGAAUGCAGACAUUUUUUAACACACUACCUAUACAUACAAACAAACAUACAUAUAUGUAUAUAUAGAAAUAAACACUACUAUUUUAAAUAUAACAAUUUAGUGAGUUAGGCAUGGAAGAAUGAAUUCAAGCUAGUGAUAAGCAAAGAAACAUGAGAAAUUUGUUGCAAACACACGCACACACAUUCAACAAUGUGUUGGUGCACUUUUAGGCGCCUGAACGUCAACGAAACCAAUUGUGCAGUGGCGCCAUGAAAGUGCUCGCAUAAGCAUAUGCGCCGCUACGAGCCGUGCACUUAGUUGUUAAAACAUAUUUUUAAAUACACAUAUACGUUUAUAUAUACAAUAUAUAUAUAUAUAAAGCAUGUUAUAUAUUAAGCGUUUUUUUCUAAUAAUCGUUGUAUUUUAUAAAUGAAACACACACACAUUAUCAUUAAAAAAUAUAAUGAAUUAUUUGAUGAAAAAUCUUUAAGUUUAGUUUGGCUGCUAUUGUUUUGCGUUUAAGUUUUUUGUUUGUUAAAGUACCAUAAACACACUCAUACAUCCAGAUGUAUAUAACGGCGUGUGUGAAAACCCAGAAAAUAUCGAAAGUAAUGUAAAUUUUUACAAUAAUAACUUUCUUGAAAUAUAGCGCCGAUUUAUUGUGUUUUAAUUCUCCGUGAAUAAAUAUUUUUGUUAUGUAAUUUAGCGCUCAUUUCAGCUAUAAGUGUAAUUUUAUGCAUUAAUAGUUGUUUUUUGAACUUUAUGUUGCUUGAUUUUGUUGAGAAAGAAACACCUACAUGUACCUUAAUUUUUAUUGCACACAACUUGUAGCGAACUUAGACACGAACGCACGAUGCAAAGCCGAAUAAUGUUUGCUAAGAAAGUUGUUUUUUUUUUUUAAUAAAUAUGCAGAUAUAUGAAUAUUAAAAAUUUAUUAUAACAAUGCUACCUUCAUAAUUUAAUAAAAAAAACUUGCAUUACAAAUAUGCGUGUUAAUUACCAAAAAAAAAAUUUUUUUCAAAUAAAAAUAAGUAUACAAAAACAUUGAAAAAUGCAAACAAGCCAUUUACCGUUGAAUAUGCAUAUCGUCAACUAAAAUGCAAAAUAACGUUUCACCAAAACAAACGAAAUUGAAUUGUUUAUAGCUUACAUAACUAUUUCAUAAGCAAUAUAUAACCAUUUUAUAACCAAUAUAUAACCAAUACAUAACCACUUUAUAACCAAAACUCAAAUUUUGUUUCAAUGUGAGCGGUUACUAUUAAAUGGUUUUUCUUUCUCCAAUCAACUUAUGAAAAGCGAUGUUAUUUUGCAUUUUAAGUGACGUUAUGUAACUGUUUGCAUUAUAUAAUUAUGGGUAUUUGGUUGCUUUAGUUUAUACGUAACCAGCAGUUAAUUGUACAUGCACCUAUACAAACACGCAUACAUAUUUACAUAUACAUAAUAUACAAAUGCUAUAAUUACUAUAAGUUUUAUGAACUUCAACAUAUACAGGGUGAUAUAAUUCUAAUUAUGCUAAUUAAUUUUACACUUAUUAUCUUUAAACAUAUAUGCUUCGAAAAUAAAUAGUAAUAAAAUAAAAAUUUUGCCUAAUUUUAAUGAAAUAUUAAUUUUAAUUAAAUAUUAUUUUUAAGUUUUAUUUACCAGCCUAUACUGGCUGAGUUCUGCUUAAUUUUAUAUAAUUUAAAAUUUAUAUGAUUUAUACAUAUUUUACAUAAGCACGCAAAUCUUGCAUGAAAAACAACAACAAUUUUGUUGAUUAACGCAAUUGCUUUCAAUGAAAUGUGAAUUAAAUUAUAGCAAGCGUUUAGCAGCAAACAAAAAUGGGAAUUAAAAAAUAUAUGAAAACGAUAAACAAAUAUAUUUCAAUACGGCACAUACAAAAAAAAUAUAAAAAAGUAAAUAAAACAAUAACAAAAAAAAUAAUAAUAAAUAAAUACAAGCAUCAAAUAUUGUCACUGAAAAUUAGCAAAUAUUGCGCAAUAUUUUAUAGUCUUGAAUGAAAAGGCACUUUUAUAACCAAAUGCAUUGCUGAAAUAAACUACAUAACUAAAUAAAAAAUAUAUAUACAUAUGCAAAUAUUAAAAAAUAAUAAAGCAAGCAACUGAAAUA